AUGGCUGCAUCUGAUUAUGAUUAAUUCCGAAAGAUUAAAAUAUUAGGAUAAGGUGCUUUUGGUAAAGCAAUAUUAGUAGAGGAUAUCAGAGAUGGGUAUUAAAUUUAUAUGAUUCUUAGCACUUAAUGGGUCAAGAAAUAAAUUGAUAUAAGUUAGAUUCCCUAAAAAGAAAAAGAAGAAACAAUAAAAGAAGCAAAAAUAUUACAACAUUUAGANCUAUUUUCAUAAUUAAUUAAUAUAUAACUUUCUUAUAAAAAAAAUAUCAUUUGCUUUUUCAUUACUUAAAAUCAAUUUUAAAAUUAUAUAUUUAAAAGUGAAAUUAAAUUUAAUUUCUAUAUAUUAGAUACACUAUUUUAAUCCUUUAAGUUUAAAAAAGUUAAGAUAAAAAACCAAAUUCAUUUUAAUUUAUAAAUUAAUUAGAAAUUAUAUUCUAUGAUGAUUUAUACGAAAAAAAAGAUCUUCAAAAGGAUUAAUUCGAAUCUUAAUUCACAAACAAAUAUUACUAAUAGUUUAAAAUUAUUAUUUUUGGUAAAAGAAAACAAUUAGACAGAAUUUAUAUAGUUGAAAAGAUUAUACAUAGGUUUCUGUAUUAAUAAAUAAUAGUUUUAUGAGUAGGAAACUAUUAAUAAUAUAGGGAUAAUUAUGGAGCAUAAAUUAGUAAAAUAGAGAAAUUCUUCAUAAAUAUGUCUAAAUAUUAUUUUAAAGAAAAGAAUUAACUUGGUAGAAGUAUUGUAAUUUUAAAUUAGAUUAAAUGAUAUAUUCAAUAUGGCUAAUAAAGAAGAAACGAAAUAAUAUAUAGUGUUUUUUGGAUUGGUUAUAUGGGAAAGCCUAAAAUAAGAGCUGAGGGAGAUAUCAAUAUAGAUAUAACAUUUUAAUAAAGGAAUAAAUAAAAUUUAAUUGAUUUAGUUAAAUAAAGAGGAUGAUUAAAAUGAGUUUAAUAAAGAUAAUUGCACUGAGAUUGCAUAGAUUUUUAUAAAAUAUUGGAUUAUUAGUGAUUAAAAGAAAUAAAACAAUUAGUGA